AUAACUAUCUUAUGUAUGGGGAAUUGUGUGAUAAGCAGCUGUGUUCAUAGUUUAAUGGAAAUUUUGUUGCAGAAUUUUGUAGAUAGUGCAAUAUAAUUGGAAUCUAUAGAGAUAUAUAUUUGAAAAUGUCAUCUAAACUAUUCGGAAAAUGGAAGUUAUCUAAAAACCACAAUUUUGACGAAUAUAUGAAAAAAGUGGGUGUGGAUGCGGCAACAAGAAAAAUAGCAUCGGUUAUAUCUUCGACUACAAAAAUAUUAGACGAAGGCAAUAACCAGGUACGAAUCAAAACAAAAAGUACGUUCAAGAGUGCAAAUGUUGUGUUUCCAAUAGGAGAGGAAAUAGAUGAGCAUACUAUGGAUGAUCGUGAUUGUAAGACAGUUGUGACUUGGGACGGAGAAAGCAAAUUGAUUGAAAUUCAAAAAUGGAAAGACCAAACAGGCGACAGGCAAUUAAAAAUGGAAUGGGCAUACGAAGACGAAAAAAUGAUACUUAGAAUGGAAUGCGACGGAAUCAAAGCCGAACGACACCAUACACGAACCAAAAGUAAAAAAGACAAAAUCAACUAAAAAGAAUGCCGGAAGAAACGGGAUAGCUAUUUUCAUUUUCCAAAUAAUCCGAUUUUAUGAUCGAGUCAACCUUGCUUUUUAAUAGGAAAAUUUUUGAAAUAAAUUAAAAAAAAUAUUAUUUUAUAUUAACAUAAUAUUAAAAGAAAUACAGAAAGUUGAAUAUGAAGCAGCUUUUUCAUUACUACCAAAAAGUACGGGAAUGUGAAACAAACCAAGGCAGCAGAAAGGGCCAAUAGGAAAACCGGAAAGAAGUGACUGAAAUCAUCUAGCGCCCAUUCAACAGCCUAAGCCCUAAAUCUAAACAAAUCGAACGAUAUUAUAGUUUUAAACUACGAUAAAGUACUGAAUUCAGUAUAUGACUUACCUUAGGCUUAAUAAACGCAUUAGUUUUUUUUUGCUUCAAACGUUUUAGAUUAAGCUACAUUACCCCAUAUUCAAAUAUACUCUGCGCUGCUAAAAGUACAUGCAUACGCUAGGCACACUACUCACUUCUGAACUGGAAUAGAUUAUUCAGAAUAUUGUGCGGGACUGGAGUUGUACUAUUUUUUAUUGUUUUGUAUUUUAUUUAUAUUUCGUGUCUAGUUAUUGCAUAUGCAUUGGUGUGUGGAGUCUGAGCCUAAUUCGCCCGACAGUUGGUUUCAGUUACUCGACUCCAACCACCACUGCAUAUGUGAACUGGGCUGCGAAUUCGCAUUGUCUGUCUCUUUCUGCUUUGCUGUCCUAAGAGUAAGCUUUGUAUUUUGUCGCUCUUAUUUUAUCUGCUUUAGGCGAGGAUUUUACACUAAUUCAAUAAAGUCUCUUCGUUUGCAUCGUGAACUUCGAAC